GGAUAUAGAUUGUAUCAUAAUACUUCUAUGCGUAGAUAUAGUAAUCUCGCUGAUAAAAUAAAACUACGCCCUUAUCAAGAAGCAGCGAUUACGUCUGUGAUGGAUGCUCUUACUAGACCAGACAAUGCUAAAAGUAGACUCGGCGUAUCUUCUCCAACAGGAUCUGGUAAAACAACAAUGUUUGUCGAAUUAGCACAGAGAUUGAAGAAACCGGGGAAGGUCUUAGUACUCGUCAAUGGAAUUGAACUUGCUAGACAAGCGCAACAGGCGUUUAUCAGAGGCUGGCCAGAUGUUAGUGUAGAUAUCGAUCAAGGCCCAAAUGUAGCUUCUGGUGAUGCUGAUGUCACGAUAGCGACAUUCCAAACGCUUAUCAGACCAGGUAAAUUGGACAAAUACAACCCCGAAGAUUAUAAAGUCGUUCUAGUCGAUGAAGCUCAUCAUGCAGCUGCACAGUCAUAUGUUAAUAUACUCGCACAUUUCGAUAGUCGUAUCAAUGGUGAUCAAGACGGACAUCAAGUACCCAUCGUUGGAUUUUCUGCGACAUUUUCGAGACACGAUAGUCUUGCACUUGGUAAAGUAUUCGAAGAAAUUGUUUUCCAUAAGGACUUCCUCGAUAUGAUUAAAGAGCAAUGGCUAUCAAAUGUUACGUUUACUACUAUCAAAACAGACAUAGACCUCUCACAGGUCAAGAUUUCAGAACGCACUAAUGAUUACAUUGUUACAUCACUCUCACCGAUCCUUAAUACACCUUCAGUUAGAAGAGUGGUUCUUGCAGCUUAUCUGGACAAGUGCAGUGAUCGGCGAUCGACACUUAUAUUCUGCGCUGAUAUCAAGCACCUACACAACUUGACGAUGGACUUCCGCGAUGCUGCCAUAGACGCUCGGUUUAUUUAUUCCGGCACACCAGCGAAAGAACGUGAAAAAAUAUUAAAUGAUUUUAAAUCAUUUAAAUUUCCAGUACUAAUGAAUUGUGCUGUUCUCACUGAGGGCGCAGAUAUACCCAACAUUGAUUGCAUUCUUCUAUGUCGACCUACAAGGUCUAGAAAUCUAUUCAGCCAGAUGAUUGGAAGAGGAAUGAGAGUUGCUGAAGGUAAAACGGAAUGUAAGAUAAUAGAUAUCGCUGCAUCACUGGAUAAAGUUGGUGAUAUUAGUGCUGCACCUUCAUUAGAAGGAUUGGAUUUGUCAUUGUUUGAUGACAUUAAUUCUGAGACCAUAGAAAAUGAUGUGAAAGAUCAUCUAUUGGAGCAUCCACUUUUCAAAGAAGAUCCAACGACUAUUGUUCCUCAUGCAGAUCACAUCAUUUUCACAGAUUAUGAUGAUCCUCGAGCCUUAUUUGCAUCGCUUAAGAAUAAACAUUCGGAGAAUCUGUAUAAUCUCUCACGUAACGCUUGGGUGGACUGUCGUGGUGGAUAUUUUGUGCUAAGCUGUCAACAAUCUGGUGAAAUUCGGAUAGAGCAUAUAGGUAAUGGAAAAUAUCUAGCAACUCAUAAACCAGCGAAUGUUCCCUUUAGAGAUGCGAAAGCUGCCGGUUUAUCACCUUUCAGAAGAAUUGUAACGUUGGUCAAAGAUGUUGAUUUCGAUAUGGCCAUCAAAGCAAGUGAUAAAUUUGCGAAUGAGAAGCUUAUGCGUGGCAGAUCUACACUUAUUUUGCGUGAUGCACCAUGGCGGAAAUCACCAGCAACCAAUGUACAAUUGAAUACCCUCGAAAAACGCUUGAAAGGCGACUUGAAUGAAGAUAUGAGAAAGCGUUUAUCGAAAGGCGAUGCAGCAGAUAUGAUCACCAGGCUCAUGAACGGCUACAAAAGACGAGCAGAAAAACAACAGAAGCAAGCAAUGAAAGAACAUAAAGAAGCCGAAAAGAAACGCAAUAAAAUGGUUAAGGUUGGUCCAUUACUGUAAUGUCAAACUUUGAGAUUAUGAAUAAGAGCACGUGUCAAUAAAAAUACAAGUAGUUUUAUAAGUCUAGAGAUUAUGUCUUCUGUACAGAAGAUGAAUCCGUUUUCGAUGCCGUUACUGCUAUGGCACCGUCUGCCAUUCCAGCAACGCCGUUGAUUUCCAAGUCAUAGACCGAAUUGGUAUCGUGAGUGUAACCACUAUAGUCGAUCUCUUCAAAUGAUGCGUUGAAUGGAACUGCGCCUGUUGGUACGAAUAUAUAGCUCAGUAUUAUGUAUGUAAGUGAGCUAACUAGGAACCCGGUGAAGAAUGAUAAGUUAUAUAUACGUGUUGCGGCGAUGUUGACCAAGCUUCCGUUGCCGGGCGUAGACGCGAUGAACCCAGGUAGAUUGAUAGCAACACCGCAUAGGUAUGCUGCUACAGCGCGAAGAUUCACACCAUGAGUGUAUCUAUACCAUCCAUCUACCUUAUACAAAUCAGCGAUAUUAGCUCUUCCUCUCCUGACCACAUAGUAAUCAGAAAGCAUAGUACCAGCUAUAGCAGAAAGGAAGACGCAGUAUCCACUUAAGUAGUUCGUGAAACCCGUUGGUCCAUCUGUCAAACGCCAUGGCACGAGUGCUAAACCCAAGAAUACGCAAAUAUAGCCACCUCUUCUGUUGUUGAUAUACGAUGGCAUACAUGCAGUCAGAUCACAACCGCAUGCAAUCACAUUUGCUGCUUGAUUCGUACCAAUUUGUGCAACGCAUAAGCAGAAUGCUAUGAACCAUACUGCAAAUCUCACAGAUGGACUAUCAGGGUUGAUGAAAUUAUCAAGAAUAACCAUUGGAUUCCAUUCAGCUUCAAGGUCACCAGUUUCAGCUUGAUAGCAACUAGCGAUGAUUAUACCAAAGAAGCUCGUUAUGAAGAAACCAAUCGGUACUGUAAUGAGCUGUGGCCAAACAAUAUCUUUCUUAUCCCGUGAUCUACUUGCCAGAUCUGAGAUAUUCAAUAUUAAAGUGACCGCAUUGGAAAUGGCACUGACAAUACCCUUCACCAUCGUCCAUCCUUGAUCCUCGGAUGAGAGUCUGGAUGAAGUUGUCAGAACGCUCCUCAAAGCCGCUGCCUGGGCUGGGGUUGCAUUUGCUCUUCCUAAUGACCAUCCAAAGAAUAUUAUCAAGCCAAGUGGCGCGACUACUGCUUUAAAAGUGAAAAAAUGUUUGAUUUUUUGGAUCGGAAACCAGGUUGGUAUCAACAUUAACAACCAAAAGAGUAUGAAUGAAACCAUGUCGACCCCUCUAAGAUUGGUGUCUAGGUCCUUUUGUAAUCCAGCUGCAUUUACCCAAUUUGGUGACCAACACCUGAUCAUUACCCUAAUACAGUUUCCUCCAAUGUAUGUCUGAACGGCAAACCAAAGAAUUGCAAUAGCAACUCGGUUGAUGAUUGGCCAUAGACUUCCAUAGAUUCCCCAAGAUUGUCUUAUUGUUACUGGGAACGUCAAGUGAUAUGUUGCACCAGGUCUACUACUAGCAACGAUGAAAAUUGCUGUAAUUAUAUAACCGACCAAAACAGAUAUCAAACUCAUCCACCAAGUUAAACCCAAGGCAAUGUUAGAUUGACAAAGCAUAAGAGUGUUUAUAUUGAUUGAAUCUGAUAUCCAGAAGUUGACAAAAGACAUACUAGACCACGUCCGAUUUUCAACUUUUACGGGCUCAAGGUCAGCAUUUGUCAACCAUUCUUCACGCUUUGUUUUCGCAGCUUUCUGUUCAACUCUAAGAGCAGAAGACAGUGAGUUCAUUGAUGUAUUCGAUUGAGGAAGACAUUCAAUCUCUCCAAUCUCUUUUAUCUCUCCGCUUAUCUUUAUCUGUGAC